CAUAGACUUUAAAGUCUCCGAAACAGAGGAUCGAUCUAUUUUGUGCAUGCUUCUAUUUCGAAAUAUUUGGCAAUCUCAACUCUCCAAGCUGCCUGCAAUGUCCACAACUCUCAUCCUCUUAUUCAUCCUUACAACAUUAGCUCAUUUCUCCCAUGCUAAACCUCUCUGCCCUCCUUCUUCGUGUGGCGUUAUUCGUAACAUCAGCUACCCUUUCCGCCUGGAGGGCGACUCCAGCCACUGCGGCUAUCGCAUAUUAACCUGUCGCCACAAUCUCACCUCCAUCUCUCUCAACUCUCGAAACUACUAUGUCAAAGCCAUCGACUACCAAAACUCCACCAUCAGAUUGGUUGAUGCUUCCCUCAACUAUGACAACAUAUGCUCUUUCCCCAUCUCUUCUACUUAUUAUAAAUAUCGCUUUUCCGAUGAUUCUGAUUACAGUUACUAUAUCCCAAUAAAUUAUAAUUCUACCUAUCGAUAUGAUUAUAAAGCCACCUCUAUCAAUUUGAUGAGCUGCCCUAAUCCCAUGAAGAAUUCAUCCCUCUACACCAACAUUUCUACUAAAUGUUCUCGAAUGAAUGAUAGAUCAUAUUCAUAUAUAAAGGUCGGACACAUGAGUGCCUCAGAGCUACCGCAUAUGUGCCGACUAGAUCUCAUAGCGAUGACGUCGUGGCACUUUCAUGAUCUUAAAAAUGUAUCUCUUUCAGAAAUCCACCACUCUCUCUUGUACGGAUUUGAACUCGUCUUCUACAGAGUCUGGGGAUCAUCAUGGUCUGCUCCCUUCUGGUGGGAUCUGCUGCUUCACCCAAUUACUCUACUCAUUAUUGGUGAGAUCGUCCGUUUGCUAUGUGCCAUGGUAGGCCCUCCUAUAUUCACCAUCUUUGGAAUCGGCGCUGUAUCACUGGGCUUCUAUCAAACUUUGGGUGGUGUAGUUGCUGCGGGCGUCGGUUUCCUAUCUGCUCAAGAAUAUAUUGAAUUAGUAAUAGAUUUGAUAUUCUUGCUACCAAGGUUUAUCCUUUUUCCUGUUGCUAUGUGGCUUUUGAUCAAGAAAUUUCGGAGAAGGCAUAGGUCCAUGUAUACAAGAAUCGAAAGUUUCUUACGAAGUGACAACCAACUCACACCAAUUAGAUAUUCAUAUUCAGACAUUAAGAAGAUGACAGGAGGCUUUCAAGACAAACUAGGUGAAGGUGGCUACGGUUCUGUCUACAAAGGGAAGCUCCGAAGUGGCUUUCAUGUGGCAGUCAAAUUACUCGGGAAAUCUGGAGGAAGUGGACAAGACUUCAUGAAUGAAAUUGCAACUAUUGGAAGGAUCCAUCAUGUCAAUGUGGUGAAACUUGUUGGAUAUUGUGCACACGGCUCCAAACGCGCACUUAUCUAUGAUUUCAUGCCCAACGGUUCCCUUGAAAAAUAUCUUUUCAAUAGAGACAAAACGAUCUCAUUGAGUUGGGACACGAAGUUUGAGAUUGCAGUUGGUGUUGCUCGUGGGAUUGAGUAUCUGCACCGAGGGUGUGAUGUUCAGAUCUUGCAUUUUGACAUCAAGCCUCAUAACAUACUUCUUGAUGUUAACUUCAUCCCUAAAAUAUCGGAUUUUGGGCUAGCAAAGUUUUUCCCAGCAGAUAAAACCACCGUGACUAUGACUGCUGCUAGAGGAACCAUAGGAUACGUUGCUCCUGAACUGAUUAGCAGAAGUAUUGGAUCUGUCUCUUACAAGGCAGAUGUUUAUAGUUUCGGGAUGUUGUUAAUGGAAAUGGUAAGUUUGAAGAAAGACUUGAUAGGGAACAAUGACAAUUCGAGUCAGUAUUUUCCGUAUUGGAUAUAUGACUACUUCAACCUAGGGAAGGACAUUGAAGUCGUGAAUGGUGGUGAUGAUGAUAGUUGGAAGAAAUAUGGUCGGAAGAUGACAAUAGUUGCAUUAUGGUGCAUACAGAUGUGUCCUGACCAUCGUCCCUCAAUGAACAAAGUGUUGGAAAUGUUGGAGGGUGAUGUUGAACGUCUAAAUAUUCCCGAGUAUCCUUCUCAAUCUAUUCAAACCGCGGUAGUAGAUCAAACAUUUUCCACUGAUUCAGUAUCGUUGCUGGAACAUGAUGAUUCUUCACCCAGUGUUGAAAUUAUUGUUGAAGAGUUCCAUAGUUGCCAUAGUUCUGAAUUGCCUAAAUAUUGUAGUAACAUGUACUACUAGUAUUUAGGUUUAUGUGGGCCCCAUGCUCUUGUAAAUUAAGUUUAUUAAAGAUGUGUUUGAGAUUUUAGAUUUCUUUCUUUGGGUGGUGAUUUGUGAAGUUAGCAUAUGGGCCUCGGCCCACUAAAUUAUUUGUGUUAAUUGAUUAUCGCUGGAGUCAUAAAUUGCUAA